GUCAGAGAAGACAACACCUUGCCGUCUUCGGAGCUCUCCUACGACUACUUGGAGUUAAGUGUGCAUACAAGAACCCAUGCUAACAUAGGAACAGUUAAAAGGAGUGAAGAUGGAUGCAGUUGUUCGUAAGGUGAUAGCUAGAAACAGAGCGAGGAAAUUUCUUGGGUUAGAGGAUGAAGAAUCCAAGGAAGAGCGUAGACAAAAAUGGCAGAACCGUCGUGAACUUAUCUACCGGGGUGGUAUCGCACCAGAGAAACCUAAAACGGAGGCAGAUGGAAGAGGUGCUCGCCGCUGUCGAAUUCAGCCCCGGAAAAAGAAGGAAGCAGUGACAACCAUCACAUGGAACAAAGCAAAGACCAUAGGAGUUAGUAGAUUGAAGAAAGAGAAGAAACUUGGAGUGUAUGGACGAAGUUUUGCUCCGGCUUGUCUGGACAGAUAUGUGGAUUCCAAACCAGAGUUUUCUAAGUUUGUCAAUGAGAGAUUUUAUGAUGAGUUACCACCUAGUACCACUGAUGACACAUCUCACGCAGACCGUCCCUCCUUUCCCAGCACUACAAGGUUUGAUGACUUGCCCAUGAGAGAUUUGUCCCCCAGCAAGCGAGAGAAGCCUGUGCCACGAGAGCCUGGGAUGAGCAGACUGUUUCCGCAAGUGGGGGAAACAGAGAAGGAGCGACGACAGGCUCUAGUUCUCAGCAUGGAAGAAAACACUUGUGAAGCACUCAGUGGAAAUUGCUGCGGUGAGGAUGACAGAAAUGAUGAAACUAAAAGACCAUAUUUUACCUGGUUCAUCACAUUUACACAAACAGUCAUUAUGAUAACAGCUCUGGCUUUGUAUGGUGUGUCUAACUUUGGAGCUGAUGAGGUCUCCAUUGAUGACUGGGUAAGGAAGCCAAACAUGGCCAUCGAGUCGGUUCGGCGGUCAGAAUUUGGAAACAUAUGGCUUGGUCCAUCACAAGCUGACUUGAUACAUCUAGGAGCUAAAUACUCUCCCUGCAUGAGGAAAGACCCAAAUCUUGCCCAUGUAAUGGACCUUGAUCGUGAAGAAGAACGAACUUCAGGUUGCUGUAUCCGUGAUGACAACACUGGAUGUGUUCAGACUGUCAAGUCACGCUGUAGUGGGAUCUUGUCUACAUUUGUGAAGUGGAACAAGACACACCCCAGUAAAGAUGGUUUCACAUCUGGACCUGUUUGUGGACAGGAUCCAGAUUAUUGUAAAAAUCCAGUGUCCAAGGCUCCAUUUGAAUGGGAUAAAAGUGACAUGACACAAUGGCCUAUAUGUACAGACACUAAUACUCCAGGACAUCUGGGCGCAGUCUCUGUGUCUCAGGAAGAUAGACACAUGUCAUGUGACUUGCUUGGUCGACCUUGUUGCCAUGGUAUACAGGGCGAGUGUAUGAUCACAUCUCGAGAACACUGUACAUUUCUGAAAGGUUUUUAUCAUGAAGAGGCUUUCCUAUGUUCUCAGGUUAACUGUAUGGCAGAUGUAUGUGGUAUGAUCCCAUUUGUUUAUGAAGAUAGACCUGACCAGUUCGGCCGUGUUUUCUCUGCUUUCCUUCUCCAUGCUGGGCUGUUCCAUCUCCUGAUCAGCAUUUUGUUUCAAAUGCUUGUUAUGCGGUAUGCAGAGAAUUUGAUUGGCUGGAAAUUCAUAGCUAUCAUCUAUUGUGGCAGUGGUGCUGUGGGAAGCCUUGCUAGCGCAGUUCUGCUUCCUUAUCAAGUCGAGGUGGGACCCGCUGGAGCUCAGUUUGGAGUCCUCUCCGUAUUUUUUGUGGAUUUGCUGGGACAUUAUUUACAGCACCGACAGGAAAAGGGCAGUCGUGAGCGAAAAAGGCGUUUAUGUACCUGGCUUGCAAUAUUUGUUGUGAUAAUGUUGAUUUUGUUUUUCUUUGGGCUGUUUCCUUGGUUAGAUAACUGGGCUCAUAUGUUUGGAUUUUUCUUUGGUCUUUUGAUGUCCACAAUUUUCGUAGAAGACUUUGGAGUCGAUGUCAAUUUCUUGAAACGUUGGGUUGUAGUUUUGGUCUCUUCCAUUCUUGCCUUACUGAUGAUCGUGAUGCUCAUUAUCAUAUUCUAUGUGGUGCCUAUUACCGAGGGCGAGAUUAUCUCUUACUUCAAUUGUAUCCCGAUCACAAAAACUUUCUGUAAAAACAUGGACGUUAGCAUCAACCGAGGAUCUACCUACACUGCCCUUCUGUAAGGUACAUAGAGUAGUGUUUUGUAGUGCUGUAUUUUAAUCCCUAUACAGUCAUAUAGGUAGGACUGUUGAUAUCCUACAUAAAGUUUAUAUAUUGCUUGAUAGGAACUUUUCUUGAAGUUUAUAAAUGAAAACAGAAAAUGGCUUAAUCUCCUGGUUUGUGAUUUAACUGUGAUUUUAUGAUGUAUAUACAUGUGCCUUUCCUUUUUCUUUUAACAUAGUACUAAAUUUAAACAGAUUAGUCUUUAUAAGAAAUAUUUGUCAGGGGAGAUAACUCUUCAGUCAACUUUUAACAUAGUACUUAAUUUACACUGAUUAGUCUUUAUAAGAAAUAUUUGUCAGGGGAGAUAACUCUUCAGUCAAUAAAUUUUAUUACAUCAGUGAUGUUGCUAAGCUUUAUGCCUUGUCAAUUUAUUCUAUGGAUGUUUUUUGUUUGAUUGUGCAGCUUAUUGUUUUACUGCUCAGAUUUUGUUGUAUUCUAGUGAUAGAUUUGAUUAUUUUUAAUACUGAUUAUAAUGCUUCAGUCUAUCAAAUACUCCAAGAUAUACAGAUCGUAUAGAGAAAUUGGUUUUAUUCCAUUGCAACGUGUAAUGAUAACUUGUUCAAUUGUCUAUAUUGAGCAUUCAGCUUAUAUAUCAGUCAUUGAUAUUCAAGUCACUUUGGUUCAUAAUUCUACCAUAGUUGAUUAUAUAGCUCCGUAACAAGGUGAUAAUUUAGUCACGUUGUCUCCAGUGACUCAAUUGUGGGAUAUGUUCCAAAACUUUCUGAAUAUGUAAACACCUUAUCCCCUACCACAUCUUUGGCAAGCUUUCCUUAACACAGUGACUGGACAAUUCAUCCUUCCCCUAGAAAUAUUGUCAGAUCAAAGGAGACAGGUUAUGAUGUACUCUUUCUUAUUUAUCGACAAAGGUUAUAUUGGACAUGUGCAAAUGACAGAUUUGUUGUAAGAACUCUCUCAGGGCUUUUUCCCUUCACUGGAACUACAGGACUCUGCUUUUGUAAAGCUUGAUUGUUGCUAUCAAUGUGUUCUAGACAUGCAGCGUUAUUAAAAAAGAAAGACUGUAAAGUCUUCCCUUGUAGAGAUGUAUUAUUAAGACUGUUAAUUUUGUUAUUUGAAAUUUAUCACUGUCCUGUUCAGCUGUUGAUGCAAAGACUGAACAAGAAGGCUUUUUGUAGUAAUAUCUAUUUGUCUUUCAUUUACAAUGUUGUUUAAUGGCCUUAAAUAUCUAUGCUUAAUUUUAUACAAAAAUGUGUGCAAACAAAUUUAUUUGAGAAUGUAGUAAAGUAAUGGAUGUCCUAGGUAGUAUAUAUUCUAGAGGACUUGAGCAUGAUGAAAGGCUUUUUUUUCUGUUUGCAAGAAUGCUAAGCAUAAUUUACAGGCAAAGGUACUGAUUUGAUAUAAAUCAAACUGCAUCAUUGUUUAUUAUAUUUUUUUUACAAUCUUCACUGAUUUGAAUUUAUGUCAUUUUAUUUAUCUAAGAUAUAUCUUUGAUCAUUCUUCAUUCCAUAGAAUACUUCUGUUUGUUAUAGAUACUUUUUUAAUAUGAUUGGUGCAUUGUGCAUGUUUAGCGUUAAUUUUCUUCAAUUUCAAUAGGUUACCUCCCUUUAUUUAUACCCUGAGGUAAUUAGUAUGGACCCUCUACUCUUCUGCUAAGUUCAGUUGAUAUGUUAUAAUAAAUAGUCAGUUGAAAGUCUCCAUGAACAUAAAAUAUCAUCACUGAUUGGCUGAUAUUAUCUGAUUCUGGGCUUACAGUUUGAAUACAUCACGUCUUGAAAAGGAAAGUUGUAGAAAUUGAGACUACAGGUCGCCUUACUAACCUCAGCUAGUGGGAAUUUCCUUUUAGUCGUAUGGUAGAGUGUCUGGCUAGACACCAAAGGGUCACUAUAUCAAACCUGGGUGGUAGGCUAUUUUUCAUUAUUCCUUCAUAUUACAAAGGUAUAGAUACAUAGGAAAGGUAUAGAGGCAUUCCAAAUGGCUACCUUCCUGUCUCUGCUCAAUGACAUGAUCUUUGUCAGAUGAUGUAUACUUAAUUAGGUUGGAUAUGGGGGUUUAUUCUUCACUUGUUUAUAUUUUAUACUUUUGUGUGUUCCAACUGAAUACACUUAAAGACUGAAGUUAGAGAUGAUUCUAUUAAUAGCCAUUUGACUGGUUGUUUUGUAGUGGAGAGUUGAACAUAUGUUCAAUUCAUUUUUCAUGAGGAAGAAACUGCACAAUGAACACACUGAUUUUGUUGUUACAAAAUAACAGCAUUUUUUUUU